AUGCUUUCUCGUCAGUGGUAUACGGUUUCUAAACAAUUUUCAUCUAUCAGUGUAUCUGCUCGAAACGCUAUCAGUGUCGCAGAAGAGAAGAUAUCGCGCUUGCCAAAUGGAUUGACAGUUGCUUCUGUGGAUCUUGGUGGCCCAGUUACUCAGUUAGUAGUAGCUUAUCGAGCUGGAACUCGAUAUGAAAUGCCUAAUGAGGCAGGUUUGGUUCAUCAUAUUAGGAAUUGCAUUGGAGGUGAUUCUCAAAGGUAUUAUGGUGCACAGUUGCUUUGGCAGUGCGGUUCCGCUGGUGCUACUGUGAAUGGAAUGAUGACACGCGAUUUGCUUGCAGUGCAAAUGUCAGUGAUUAGAGAUCGCGCACCAGUAGGAUUAUCUUUAUUAGGAGAAUUGGCUCAACCAGCAUUUAAACCAUGGGACGUUGAACACUGUAACGCGACAUUAAGGAUUGAUCGUAAUUAUCUUAAGGCGUACGAUUUGCUUCUGGAGGAUUUACAUGACGCAGCAUUUCGAAGUGGUUCUCUUGGAAAUUAUUUAUACGCAAAAGAGGAAACUGCUUCACAAAUGGUGACUGGUAACGCUGUACUUGUGGGAGUGAACAUUCCACAUGACCAAAUAUUAGAUUAUGCGAGCAGUCAAUUCACCUUGCCUGAAGGAAGUUCAAUUUUACCAAAACCGUCUCCAUAUUGUGGUGGAGAGAAACGUCACAAAAAUUUAAUGAAGGAAGCUCAUGUUGCGAUUGCUGGCAGAGGAGCUUCUUUGAAAAGUCGCAAGGGUUUAGCCGUACAAGCAAUUCUGAGUGCUGCUAUUGGUCAGGGUGCUGUAGCAAAGUAUGCUGCAGGUGUUGGACAGGGCGCAUUAGCAAAAGCAGCCUUUAAGGCCUCAUGCGGGUAUCCGUUCGGCAUGUCGGCCAUAUCAGAAGUAUAUGCAGAUCAAGGACUGGCUGGUAUUUAUAUCGUUUCCGAAGCAGAUCACAUCGGCCGCCUUUGUGAUGCAGUAAUAAAAGCCUUAAAAUCAUUCACAAUCGAUGAUUCUGCAUUCCAAGCCUCGAAGAAUAUGGCUGCAAUGAACAUUCUAAACCGAGCCGAAUCAGCUGAAAACAUGGCAGUAGAUCGCGCUGCACAGAUUCUUGCAACUGGUGAAGCAGAGACUGUCUCGGAUUUAUUACGAGAAGUAGCUUCCAUCACUAUGGCCGACAUUACAAAGGCAGCAGAUCAAAUGAAAUCGAAAUUAACGCUUGCUUCUUAUGGAAAUAUUUAUCAAAUACCCUACCUCGACCAACUGUAA